AUGCACACUGCAGUGCCAUUGAACUCGCGGUACAGCUACCACGCGAUUUUCAGCGAUGUUUGUAAGACAAGAUUCAACCAUUUGGUGACGAGGUUGCUACUGAGCGUAACAUUGGCAUUGGGAUUGGUGCUGACUUUGAUCGGAGCUCCGUCCAAUGCUACAAUGGCGUCCAAACUCGCAGUGUGGCCCGUGAAAAGCUUGAUGUGCUAUCUGGCCGUACUGCUGGUCGUGAUCACCCGGAAAAACUACCUGCACGUCCAAUCUCCGGGCUACUCAAGCGUCAUCACUCAGAUCUACGGACAGCUGUGCUCAGCAAAGUUUUGCGUUUAUCUCGGGAUCCACUGUAUCAGCAAUAUCUGCAUAGCCACAGCGGCCAGAGACGCCGUAUUCGAUUCUAUUCUGCGAUCCCAGCAACUGUUUGCAUACCGAUUUGCAGUCUGGGGGCUAAUCCCAGCAUUGUACGCCAUUCAGCAUGUGGCGUUCGACCUCGACAAACUCAUGUUCCAGUAUGGGUCCCAGCAUCAACAUCCACAACGUUAUAUCGAGUCCAGCCUGAAAAAAUCCUUUACCAAAUGUCUCGUGCUUGCAUUGGGAGUCAUCGUUAGUUUACCGCUUUGCACGCUAUAUUUGGCUCGUGAGGGCAGUGGGAUAUCCGUUUUAUUUUUGUGGAAAAUUGCGGUGCUUGCACUACUAAGCUUUACACUUUGGGAUUUCGCUAACUUGGCUUUCAGCGCAUAUUUGUCGAUUGGAUGUUUACACAAGGGCAAACCCAUAUCAUCUCUUUCUUCAACUCCAAUGGAAACUCUCGUUACAGGACUUUCUUCCAAAAAGCCCUUCACCAAACUGACCGCUUUUCAGGAACUUUCAUUUAGGGCUACUUCUCCUGAUAUCCAACUAAGAUUACCAAUAUAUCAUACUCGCUACAAGAACGUGUAUGUAUGGCCAAGCAUUCUCAAAGAAUGUCUCGCCACCAUUAAUGAUACGAAUGUGAGCGUGGCCACUUUCAUGAAAGGUUUGGAGCGUCAAGAAGAAAGCUAUCGUAAAACAAAGCGUCCUGAGAAAACAGAAUUUUUAGAAGAUGCUUUUGGUCAGGAUGGUCUUUUCGGAAAUAAUUUUGUGAUUACAACAAGCUCCCAAUCUAGGAUACCAGGCACACCAGAGCCUCAUAGUUCAGAGCUGACUCAUAGGAUCAAGGUACAAAACAGUAACGUUUUCGCCAAAAAUCAUAGCUUGCAAUUUUCCAGUCCCUUCCAAUUUUCAAACGCGGCAAACAAUCGUAUACUCACACACCAGACUACCAUUACAAAUGUGGUAUACGAUUGCAUCAAAAACGUAAAGAAGGCAUUCCUCACCUUUUUCUUUCCAGUUCAAAACUCAGAUUCUUCGGCGCAAAUAUCCUCGUUCGAAUUGUGGAGAAUCUCCAAAAAAUUGCAGGCCGAGAAACUAGCGCCUUUGCCAGUCUGUCAUGCGGAAUGCGCUGUUUCCCUGAUGGCGUUGUUGAUCAAGUCUUUGAAGGAAGAUCCCAAAGGCGCCGUAGUAUCUUCCGUUGGCGAGGUUUUGAAAGUCUUGGAGAGAUCCGUGGGCUCCUUAGGAGCGUUUGCCGAAUGGAAUGACUCUCAAAUUAACAAGGAUGCUAUCGUUCCUGAUGUGGUUACAAUACUCUACGAUCUUUCGAUCAAUGCAUUUUUGGAGGUUGUUCUCAACUACAAUGAACUUUUGAACGACGUAUAUCUUGACGAUGACGUCGUCAAACUGAGCAAGUGGGUGCUCGAAAUCUGUAACGAAUAA